AUGUACGACAAGGAUAUAACGGAAAGCAACCAUAGCCACAGUGGAGAUGACAAUUCUCAUGAGGCCAGUAGUCAGAGAGAUUCAGAAAAAGGUCUCCUGACUGGUGAUUUCACCCAGAGGGCCAAGGAGUACGACCCGGAGAAUCAUAAACCACAACGUUGGAGCGUUCGUUCUUGCGCCUGGACGGUCUGGUUCACUUGUCUCAACAUCGCUGUGCUAUGCGGAUCCGUUCUCUUCCUCAUGUCACCGCUCUCGAGUCAGGCCUGCCUGCGACAUCUAAGCGACCAGGACAAAUGGAAAGCAUCCUCGGCUUAUGCCCCAAUCCUUGAACGAUUCGACAUCCCCCGACAGGAGCUGAUCACCAACGGCUCCCUAUACGAUGGCUCACCACCAUCCAUCAUGCGCAUGGCCCAAGGCGAUGAAGCCGACGACGAGUGGAACCGCAUCAGCUCCCACGUCUUCCCAAUCCUCAUAUCCGCCGACGAGAUCCGCAAACUAGGCAAAGACCCCUCGCUCGCCGUGCGCGUGCCCGAUGAAUUCGGCUACGGGCCGGACGCCUACAUCGCGCAAACCGAGGUCUUCCACCUGCUGCACUGCCUCGACAUGCUGCGCAAGGAAAUCUCCUACGAGCACUACUAUUUCCCAAUGUUUGGCAACAACCCGGACGCGCAGCACACAGCGCACAUCACGCAUUGUGUGGAUAUCCUGGCGCAGUUUAUCAAGUGUCAGAGCCCUGCGGAUGUGAUCCUGUUCAAUUGGGUCGGGGGCUGGGAUCAGCCGUUUCCGGACUUUUUUAAUAAGCAUGUGUGUCGGGAUUAUGAGGCGUUGUUGGCGUAUGUUAACGAAAACUCGUUGCCAAAGGAGGUGUUUCAGCAGAUGAAGGUGCCUCCGGCGGAUUAUCCUGUUCAGCCAGAUCCUUCCAUUGCCCCGUUUGUGCCGACGGGAGUUCCGGAGUUGUAG